ACGAGAGUGCUGGUCUCUUUCCUUGCUGGUUCAUUCGAGGGAUUAUCUCAAACUUUUAACUUUUUUAAAAAAAAAAAAUUUCUCUAGAGUGGUCGCACUCUGUCAAUUCUAUCCUCCUAUUGCUAUUCUGAGUCCUAUAAAUUCCCAUCUAAAGCUCGCGACCACCUCAUCGAUCCCCCACCCGCCUAUAUAUCCUCCCGAUUCCAACGUUCUCAUUGGAUUUCUUUCAUCGUCUUUCUUUCUGGUUUCCUGAAAUUGAAUCAAAUGGAGGUCACAGGGGGUUAAGACUUGCUGACUUUUAUGGCCUUGUCUGAUAUUUGGGCAAUGUGUGGAGGAAGAGAGAACGUUGGUUUAGAAAGUAUUGUGCAUAUAGUAACAGGAAGAAACCACUGUAAGAGCAAAACUUCUGGCAUGGAAUUUGAAUCAGACUGGACAAGACACGGAAAGUCCUCGGCAUUUACUGCUCAAGUGAUUCGUUCCGCAACAUCUUUUAUGCCUUGGUCUUGUAGAAUCCCAAUAGGUGAAGGAUAUCAUGAAUUUCUGUAGUUAAACGUCAGGAAACCAAAUAUAUUGAGACACCAUUUGGGCGAUAUAGUUGAUUAAGCCCGAGAUUCAUCUAUAUCUUCCAGGAUUCUGUAAACCCGCUCACUUUAAACUAUGCCAGAAUUUAUGAGUGGAAAGAAGAGAUUUACAGAAUCAAAUAUGUGUAUGUCCAAGUCUGUCAAGCAAAAUAUACCUGCUCGUUCGGAAAACAAUCCACUUUUUUCUUCUCAAGUUGUUACUGAUCUUGAUAGCCCCAUUCUCCCUGGGCUGCCUGAUGAUGUGGCAAAGUAUUGCCUUGGACUUGUUCCUCGUUCCAACUUCCCAGCCAUGGGUGGUGUCUCCAAAAGGUGGAGGUCAUUUAUUCAAAGCAAAGAAUUCAUCAUCGUGCGGAAAUUAGCUGGGGUGCUAGAGGAAUGGCUCUAUUUAUUAACUAUGGAUUCUGAAGGGAAGGAAAGUCACUGGGAGGUUCUGGAUUGUUUAGGCCAUAAACACCGGCUUCUGCCACCAAUGCCUGGUCCAGUGAAAGCCAGCUUUGGUGUCGUUGUUUUUAAUGGAAAGCUUCUUGUCAUGGCUGGCUUUUCCAUGAUUGAUGAGACUGCCUCUGCCUCCUCUGAUGUUUACCAAUAUGAUUCUUGCCUCAACAGUUGGAGUAAAUUAUCAAAGAUGAAUGUGGCUCGGUACGACUUUGCUUGUGCAGAGGUUAAUGGUAUGGUUUAUGUAGUUGGAGGAUGUGGGAUAGACGGUGAGAGUCUAUCUAGUGUGGAGGUAUACAACCCUGAUACUAACAAAUGGACCCUGAUAGAGAGUCUUCGCCGCCCAAGGUGGGGCUGCUUUGCAUGUGGGUUUGAGGGAAAGCUGUAUGUCAUGGGUGGAAGAUCAAACUUCACAAUUGGGAAUUCAAAGUUUGUUGAUGUGUACAACCCCGAGAGACACACCUGGUGUGAAAUGAAGAAUGGUUGUGUCAUGGUCACUGCUCACGCUGUACUGGAAAAGAAACUCUUUUGUAUGGAGUGGAAGAACCAGCGGAAACUAGCAAUAUUCACUCCAGAGGACAAUUCAUGGAAGAUGGUACCAGUUCCAUUAACAGGGAGUUCAUGUAUUGGCUUUCGAUUCGGAAUACUGGACGGAAAAUUACUACUAUUCUCUGUCCAGGAGGAACCUGGUUAUCGUACUCUACUGUACGACCCAAAUGCAGCACCAGGUUCAGAGUGGCAGACUACCGAUAUAAAGCCGUCUGGUUUAUGCUUCUGCAGUGUGACAAUCAAGGCCUAAGAACUGUCUUAGAACGCUGAGGAUUUUCUCACGAAGUCUUGAAUGUAUCUUUAUAUUUGCUGCCCUUUUUGCAUCAAAUUUAACUCACGCCACUUGUUAGAAUUACCGGUUUAAGUUUAAUUCUGUUAUGUAUUGUCAUCAUGGAUGCUAAUUUGCAGAACAUGUCUUGUGCCCAUCGCUUAAUUCAUGUGUUGUCUGGUCGGACUAUUCUCAGUUGCAGUGUGUUUAAUGAACAAUUUUUUUGACGUGUA